AUGGCCAACACCCUUAGCACAAUCUACAGAUGGGCCGUCCCUGUUGCCAUCGGCGGUGCCUUCGUCCAAGCCUCCAUGUACGAUGUCAAAGGCGGCACUCGCGCAGUAAUAUUCGACCGUCUGUCAGGAGUCAAAGAGACCGUCGUCAACGAAGGCACACAUUUCCUGAUCCCUUGGCUGCAGAAAUCCAUCAUUUACGAUGUCCGCACCAAACCCAGGAAUAUCUCAACCACGACCGGGAGCAAGGAUUUGCAGAUGGUCAGCUUGACGUUGAGGGUCCUGCAUAGACCAGAAGUCCCGAACUUGCCAAAGAUAUACCAGUCCCUCGGACUCGACUACGACGAGCGCGUCCUCCCCUCCAUCGGCAACGAAGUCCUCAAAUCCAUCGUCGCCCAAUUCGACGCCGCCGAACUGAUCACGCAACGAGAAUCCGUCUCCGCCCGCAUACGCACCGACCUUCUCAAACGCGCUUCCGAAUUCAACAUCGCCCUCGAAGACGUCUCCAUCACGCACAUGACCUUCGGCAAAGAAUUCACCCGGGCCGUCGAGCAGAAGCAGAUCGCGCAGCAAGAUGCAGAGAGGAGUAGAUUUAUAGUGGAGAAGGCGGAGCAGGAGAGGCAGGCGAAUGUGAUUAGGGCGGAAGGGGAGGCCGAGAGCGCAGAGACGAUUUCGAGGGCUGUGGCGAGGGCUGGGGAUGGGUUGAUCAUGAUUAGGAGGAUCGAGGCGAGUAAGGAGAUCGCGCAGACGUUGGCAGGAAAUCCGAAUGUGACAUAUUUGCCUGGUGGAGGGGAGGGUGGGGACAAGGGAGGGAAGGGGGCUGGGUUGCUGUUGGGACUGAGGUCGUGA